AUGACUUACAAAAUAAAAGUUUCAUCGCGUGGUCGAAAAUCACGGAAAGUAUCUGUACUAGAUUUUACUGGCCGGCAUGCUGUUAUGAUAGUGAAAAGGUCGCGUAAACCAGGAACAACAGAGAAAGCAAGACAAUCUAUUAACGGUAAAGAAGACCAACAACUUGUGAAAGAGUCGGUCGAUAUGGUGGACGGGUUGACCCAGGAAUUAGUUUGUGAUAAUAAGCACAGGAAUAAGACACAAAUUAAUAUCGGAAGUGAGGUGCUUGCUCACAUGAGCACCGAGCAACUUAACCAAUAUGCCAGAUUUAUCGCGUUUGAGCUGUUAAAGUCACAACUUAAUAAUUAA